AUGGCGGACAGCGAGAUGAAAGUUCCGGAGGACAUGUUCAAAGAUGUGAAGUUCUACCUGGUGGGGGAGCUGGACCCUCAGGUUGUGCAGAUGCUAAAAGCCGGAAGAGCAAAGGAGGUGUCAUAUAAUGCUCUAGCUACACACAUAAUUGCAGAAGAUGGAGAUAAUCCUGAGGUUGGAGAAGCGAGAGAAGUAUUUGAUCUCCCCAUUGUAAAGCCCUCCUGGGUCAUAUUAUCCGUUCGUUGUGGAGUCCGUCUUCCAGAAAAUGGAUUUUCUCCAGAGUCUGGUCAAAUAUUUUUUGGUGUGACUGCUUGCCUUUCACAAAUAUCACCUGAUGACAGAAAUGCUCUUUGGGCUCUUAUUACUUUUUAUGGUGGUGACUGUCAGCUAAGCCUCAAUAAAAAGUGCACUCAUUUAAUUGUUCCUGAACCAAAAGGGACAAAGUAUGAAUAUGCUUACCAGAGAGAGAACAUUAAAAUUGUUGCUCCAGACUGGGUUUUGGAUUCAAUAUCUGAGAAGACCAGGAAAGAUGAAGCACCUUACCACCCACGUCUUAUAUUCUAUGAAGAGGAGGAGGAAGAAGAGGAGGAUGAAGAGGAGGAGGAAGACGUAGAAGAUCAGGACUCCCAAAAUGCCAGUGCAGAUGAGGAUAGAUAUUCUUCAAAAUCUAGUCCAGUGACAUCACGUGAGCAAUCUCCUACACCCAACCAGGAACGUUCACCAAAACGCAGUGGCACAGUGAAAGUUAAAGAGGAGCUGAUGUUUGAUGACUCUGAUGACUCCUCCCCUGAAAAGCAGGAAAGAAACUUGAACUGGACUCCUGCUGAAGUUCCACAGGUGUCGACUGCAAAGCGAAGACUCCCCCAGGGAACUGCAGGUUCUGAAAGACCAGACAUGAUGCCUUUUAGAAGUCCGGCAGUGAGAACACUUAGAAACAUUACAAACAGUGCAGAGAUACAGCAAAUUAAUCGACCCUCCAAUGUAGCACAUAUUUUACAAACCCUAUCGGCCUCUACCAAAAGUUUAGAACAACAAGGUAACCAUCCGCAGCAAGGGCAUCCAAACGCAAUGUUGUUCAGUCAAGUAAAAUCUUUAACACCAGAAGCGCAACAACAUUUGUUACAGCAACAGUCCCACCAAACACAACCACAACAACAGCAUCAUUCUCUGGUGCAACUUCAGCCUCAACAGCUUAUGCAACUGCAACAGCAACAGCAGCAGCAGCAGCAGCAUCAACAACAAGUAACUCAGCAAGUGUUCCCACAGCAUCAGUUUUCACAGGUGAAUCAACCGCAUCACUUUACUCAGCUGCAGUUUUCUCAGCAACAGCUCCAUCGCCCACAGCAGCAAACCAUGCAGCACUUCCAGCAGCAGCAUGUUCUGCAGCAGCAGCUUCAACAAUUGCAGCAGCAACAACAUCUUCAGCAGCAGCAGUCUCUACAGCAAACCUUGCAACAGCAGAAUAUACAACAGAUCCUUCAGCGUCAGCAGACUCCUUCACAGCAACAGGCACUACAGCAGCAGCAGCAGUCACUGCAGCCAGCUAUACAGCAGCAACAGACUCUUCAGCAGAACAUGCAGCAACAGCAAACACUUCAGCAACAGACCCUUCAAACAAGCAUUCAACAGGCUCUUCCACCAGGUGUGCAACAACAGCAGAGUCAGGUCUUGCAGCAGAAUCUUCAACAGAGCAUUCAGAUUCAGCAGCAGAAUAUGCAGCAGAUUCAGCACUUGACUCUUCAGCAAAAGCAACAAUUACAGCAGCAUGCUCUUCAACAGCAGCAGCAGCAAAUUCAGCCCCAUGCUUUACAGCAGCAAAUUUCAUCUCAUACUCUGCAACAGCAGCAGAUUCAGAACCAAGCUCUACAACAGCAGCAGAUUCAGUCGCAAACACUUCAGCAGCAGAUACAACCACAGCAGCAAAUCCAGACUCAGUCACAGCAUCAAAUACAAGCACAAACACUGUCACAACAGCAGCAUCAUGCACAACCGCAAACACUUCAACAGCAUCAGAUGCAACCACAGACUCUUCAACAGCAUCAGCUCCAGCCACAUAACAUUCAGCUUCAACACCAAAUUCAAACACAGGGUCAUCAACAACACCAGAUCCCAUCACAAAUGCUGCAACAGCAGACACUUGCCCAACAGCAGCUGCAGCAGGCAGCUCUUCAGCAGCCUCCCUUGAACCAAGCAGUUCAGCAACAGAAACACAAUCUCCAGCAGAUUCAGCAGCAGAUCCAGCAGCAGCAACUUCAGCGAUUACAGCAGCGACAAAUGCAAAAUCAGACGCAGCAACAACUAGGUCAGAUGGCCCAGCAGGUGCAACCUCAAACAACUAGUCAACCACCCCAGACUCAGCAGCUGCACGGCCAUGACCCAUCUUUGGAAAUUCCUGAAGACUACUUCUUGGCUGGCUGUGUGUUUGCAAUCGCUGACUACCCAGAACAGAUGUCUGAUAAGCAGCUCCUUGCAACAUGGAAAAGAAUAAUACAAACGCAUGGAGGCACAGUGGACCCUACACUUACCAGUCGUUGUACACAUCUUUUAUGUGAAAGCCAAGUCAGUAGUAUGUAUGCCCAGGCUAUGAAGGAAAGAAAACGUUGCAUCACUGCUCAUUGGCUCAACACCGUGCUGAAAAAGAAGAAGAUGGUGCCGCCACAUCGUGCUCUACAUUUUCCUGUAGCAUUUCCACCAGGAGGGAAGCCAUGCUCUCAACAUAUUAUUUCGGUGACCGGGUUUGUUGAUAGUGAUAGAGAUGACUUGAAGCUAAUGGCCUACUUGGCAGGCGCCAAGUACACUGGGUAUCUGUGUCGCAGCAAUACUGUUCUCAUCUGUAAGGAGCCUAACGGCAUGAAGUAUGAAAAGGCAAAAGAGUGGAGGAUACCAUGUGUAAAUGCAUUAUGGCUCUGCGACAUCCUUUUGGGAAACUUUGAAGCAUUACGUCAGAUUCAAAACAGCCGAUAUACAGUGUUCAAUCUUCAGGAUGCCCUCGCCCCUUCACCACAUCUGGUUUCAAACCUCCUUGAUGCAUGGAGAAUACCUUUAAAAGUCUCAACCGACGUGCUAAUGAGCAUAAGAGUUCCCCUUAAACCCAAGCAAAAUGAACCAGCUGUUCAGCCAAAGCGACCAAGAAUUGAAGACCUUCCGCCUCCAACUAAGAAAUUGUCCCCAGACAUGACUCCUCAUGUACUGUUUACAGGGUUUGAUCCCAACCAAGUUCAGCAGUAUGUAAAGAAACUAUAUAUACUUGGAGGAGAAGUUGUAGACUCUGCACAAAGAUGCACUCAUUUAAUUGCCAGUAAAGUAACAAGAACUGUCAAGUUCCUGACUGCGAUUUCCGUAGCAAAGCACAUUGUGACUCCAGAGUGGCUUGAUGAAAGCUUCAAGUGCCAAAAAUUUGUUGAGGAACAGAACUACAUACUUCGGGAUGCUGAAGCUGAAGUGUUGUUUUGCUUUAGCUUAGAAGAGUCCUUGAAAAGAGCGCGGGUGACUCCACUCUUCAAGGGAAAGUAUUUUUACAUUACUCCAGGGAUCUGUCCCAGUUUGUCAACCAUGAAAUCUAUUGUUGAGUGUGCAGGUGGCAAAAUUUUAACAAAACCACCUUCUUUUCGGAAAAUCAUGGAGCACAAACAAAAUAAAAGCUUGGCAGAAAUUAUCUUGAUUUCAUGUGAAAAUGAUCUUCAUCUUUGCAGAGAGUAUUUUUCUGGUAGUAUAGAUGUUCAUAAUGCGGAAUUUGUCCUCACUGGAGUUCUGACACAGACGUUGGAUUAUGAGUCAUAUCCUUAUAAAAUGUGA